GAUUGUUGUUGAAACAUCACUGGAGAAUUAAUUGGUAGGCCAUUUCUUGGAGAUGAUGGAAGGGAAGGUUUUCUAUUUUGUGAAUUGGGAGAUAAAUCUCUUCUACUUGAUUCAGGAGUAGAGAAUUCAUUUUGGAUGUACUUUUGUGAGGAAUUGGGAGAAGUAGAAUAUUGUUGUAGAUUUGGUGAUGGUGGUGUGUAUAAAUAAUUCGCAUCUGAUGUUCGACGACUGUGACUAUAUUCUGAACUUUCAUAUUUUCGAUUAUUAUUAAAAGUAGGUAAGGAAUUUUCAGAUUUUUGACUGUAAAUAGAACUAUAAUUGCUCAUAUAUCCGGAAUCUCCACGUGAUGACAUUACAACUUAAAAAAUAAAAUAAAGUUUUUAUAAAAUUUAUAAAAUAUAUGAAAACUCAGAAUAUUGAUGAUAUAUAUAGUCCAGAAUACUAAUUAUAUAAUAAAUAAUGUAAUAAUGUUUUUUUUUUACAAGUUUACUAUUUAUUCUCUCUUCUUUGAACUAUUUAAUUCUAAUUUUGAACCACUUUUAAAAUCCAAUAUUGGGAAUGUUCAAAUAAUAGUUUCCAAUUAUUUGAGUCAACUCAAAAAAAUUAGACGUGGUUUAAAUGAAAGACGAAAGGUGGAAGGAGAAAAGAUGAUAAAAAAAAAAAAA